AUGGGUGAGGGCCAAAAUAAGUGGCCAAGACCAUGGAAUCAUCCAGGACUGUCAGAAGAAACAAUAGUUUUGAACAAGCCAUUCGGUAUAAGAAUUCAAAAAACUACAUGGAAGAUAGUGUUCGUGGAUCCAUGUGGGGCGGCAGCUAAUUUGGCAUUUGUCGGUGACAUCAUUCUAUCUGUCGAUGAUAUCGAAAUCCAUGAUUCUAUAACAUUAAUAGAAAUUAUGCAUAAGUCAACAGCUAGAGCUUCUGUAAAACUUCGGAGAAAUGCAUAUUCUCAUUGUCGCCGUGUUCAAUCUACUAUUGAAACACUGAUAGUGAAACGUGAAACUAAACUUCUACGAGCUGUUAAUGUUUACACAGUAUGCGUCCAUGCGAGAGACUUGAUACCUCCGGAUGAGAGCGAUUUGUUAGGGUUAUCUGUAUCAUAUGAUGCUCGAGAGCGACUUCAAGUAGCUUCAGCUAAAUGCUGGAGCCUUGCUGCUAUUCACCUACGUCCAGGAGAUACGAUCAAAGAAGUGAAUCGUCAUCCGGUUGCAUCAAAAUCUAUGCUGCAGUAUUGGAUAUUGGCAAGUAUGGAAAAAAAUGGUUUCGUUGAAUUACUUAUUCAUAGUAAUGUCGACCAAAACAGUGUUUAUGAUUAUGAGCUCGAAAUGCCCGAGGACGUAGUAACUAUAGCAGCGAGAGAAAUAAAAAUGCUACGAUCAAUAUCUUCUAAACAAUUUCAAGAAACGAAAACAAUUUUAAGGAAAGGUUUAGCGCUUCCAAAGCACAAAAUAUCAGUAUCUGUAUGCGAUAAAAUCAUCGAAUUUCCCAUUGGAAGUGAUUAUGACCCAAAAAAGUUGCGCAAAGAGAGAAAAGGAAAUUCGAUAACUUGA